CUCUCCAUCACUCCGAACCUGCCGCAACCUAACCAGAAAAAGAAAAGAAAAAAAAAAACUCAAAAAACUCUCUUUUUUUUCUCUACCCAAAAACAAAAAUCUAUCCAUAUCAAACCCAUAACAAAAUAAAAACAGAAUUUUGCGAGCUACCCGUUUCAUCUCAAACCUUAUAUUCACCAAUUCCAGCUUCAAUUUUCAUUUUCCAUUUGCUUCAUUUUCGUUGCCAUUAUUAGGGUUCGGUCUCUGGUAACCAUAACAAUGCCGGAGAUCGAACACGCGCCGGAAGUUACCGCCCUUUUUGGAAAAUACGAAUUGGGAAGAGUCGUGGGUUGCGGCGCGUUCGCCAAAGUUCACUACGCGCGCAAUAUUCAAACGGGACAUGGCGUAGCCGUCAAGAUAAUCAACAAGAAGAAACUCUCCGGUACCGGUCUCACCGGAAACGUGAAACGCGAAAUCACCAUCAUGAGUCGUCUUCAUCACCCUCACAUUGUUCGUCUCCACGAAGUUUUAGCGACGAAAACGAAAAUCUACUUCAUCAUGGAUUUCGUUCGCGGUGGCGAGCUUUUCGCGAAGAUCUCAAAGGGGAGAUUCAGUGAGGAUCUCAGCCGUCGGUAUUUUCAUCAGUUAAUCUCCGCCGUUGGAUAUUGUCACUCGCGUGGAGUUUUUCAUCGUGAUCUUAAACCGGAGAAUCUAUUAUUAGACGAGAAUGGGAAAUUAAAGGUUUCGGAUUUCGGGUUAAGUGCGGUUACGGAUCAGAUCCGACCCGAUGGGUUGCUUCAUACGCUUUGUGGGACCCCUGCUUACGUGGCACCGGAGAUUCUCGCUAAGCGAGGAUACGAUGGAGCUAAGGUUGAUGUUUGGUCGUGUGGGGUUGUUUUGUUUGUUCUUGCUGCUGGGUAUCUUCCGUUUAACGAUCAGAAUUUAAUGGUUAUGUAUCGGAAAAUCUAUAAAGGUGAAUUCCGGUGUCCGCGGUGGAUGUCGCCGGAUCUGCGGCGGUUUUUGUCGAAGUUGCUUGAUACGAACCCGGAAACCCGGAUCACCGUGGAGGAAAUGACCCGGGAUCCGUGGUUUAGAAAAGGGUAUAAGGAGAUAAGGUUUCAUGAGGAAGAUUAUGGGUCUGAUCACGGGCAUGGAGUUGGAAUCGGGUGUAAGGGUGAUGGGUCGGAGGUGAUGAAUUUGAACGCUUUUGAUAUCAUAUCGCUUUCUUCGGGUUUGGAUUUAUCCGGGUUGUUUGGGGAGUUUGAUGGGGCGGAGAGGUUUGUUUUAAGGGAGUCGCCGGAGAGGAUAAUUGAGGUGGUGGAGGAAGUUGGAGCGGCGGAGGGAAUGGGGGUGAGGUGGAAGAAGGAAUGUGGGGUUGAGUUGGAAGGGUUGAAUGGUAAUUUCGGAAUUGAGAUUGAGGUUUACCGGUUGACGGCGGAGGUGGCGAUGGUUGAGGUGAGGAGGAGAGGAAGUGAUGCGGCGGCGUUUAAUGAAUUGUGGGAUGUUAAGCUUAAGCCUCAGUUGGUAUCAGGUGGUGCAACGACGUCGUAUCAGCAUGAAUGUGAACCUGAAUCACAACCUGAAUCACAAACUGAAUCACCGAUUGCCAGUGACUGACAUUAUAUUGUAUUUUUUGAUUUGAUUAAUGUUUUGGUUGUGUACAUUAUUAAAUAUCACAUAUAAAUAUUUAAGGUUUUUGUUUUUUUGUUUUGGUCCAUAAUGAAGGUGUAUCAGUAUAGUUAAGCUGUGUAUAUUUUUAACAUGGAUUUGUUAUUUCUAUCA